GCGCGCACGUGCUGCCUCUUCAGCUGGACGACGGACUGGAAACGUCGCCUAUGGAUCCCUCGGACGUGAAAUCUCUCGUUCGUGGGUGGUUGCAGGCCUCCCCCAACGCUGGCCGCGUCAAACUGACGCCUCCCUCUCUCGUACCCACUUUCACCCCACGUCCUGAACGACUCGGUCUUGGUGCAGUUCCGCGUCAGGACCUGGAGACUCGUGCCUACAACAGUCGUCUGGAGAAGAGGAUAGGCAGGAAGUUGGCGGGAAAGAGAAAGGAGGAAAACGACGCUGGAGUUGAGCCACUGGUUGAGAAAGACUUGGCUGCUGAUGAGAUGUGCAGUCGUUCAACUAGCAUUUAUGGCAAGCAAGCAAGAAAACCAACACCAGAGUGCUCUCUGAAGACCGUCCGAAAGAGAAAAAAGAAAAGAAAAACUCCUGUGGUGUCCACUGCAGACUCUCCCACGCCGGGUACCACUAGGUGUUCAAUUGCUGAGCACACGGAAGACCCUUUACCACAGAGAAGACAGGAUUUACUUCGCGGUGGGGCAGCGCAGGAUAAUGGAGACAUUCAAUCUCGACCUCUUGUUACUGAACAACACUUGUUGCCCGUGAAAAAGACAGAGAAACCGGGGAGAGUGUGCAGCAAAAAUGAACGUAGUGCACCGGUAGAAGUUGUGGCCUUACCUGAGGAGGGGUGUUCUGUAGAUGGGGAGAAGAAGAGGUGGAGGAAGAAAGGCCAUCGAUGUGUGAGGAGACAUUCUUUGCCAUGGUCUUCAUAUGGACGGAGGUGCCGCCAGAGAAAGCAUCGGCCCAAACGUGAGUUUCAAGGCUGCUUGUAGAAUGCUACCAGAACUUUAUCACAUCAACUCCCCAAAAUCUUGACUGUUGUUUUUUUACUCCCUGCUUUGAUAUCAUAUAGAGUGUGAUCAUACAUCAAUACAUACAAAGUGUGGCACUAACAUGAACAUAAAUGAAACGGACUGGUUUGGAAGGUCAUGACAUAACUUGCAGACAGUAACACAAUGUUAACAUGAAGAUAAAUGAGAAAUUGACCAGCAUUGCUGGAAAAAGUAAUAAAAGGUGUGCAAUUGUAAAUGAAAUUUGGACAAAACAUUAAUUUUUUGUACGGAGGGUGGGUACAAAGUGUAUGUAUAACACUCGGCCAGUGGAAACAAUUAGGACAAAACACAAAAUUUUGAAGAAAACACAAAAUUUUGGUAUGGAGGGUGGGUACAAAACACUCGGCCAAUGGAAGAAAACACAAAAUUUUGGUAUGGAGGGUGGG